UGGGUGUGGGUAACCCCUGACAACGGGGAUUACCAUGGAUGUGCAGAUAUACAUAUCCUAGCGCAAGAUCUUCCUGUUGAAGAGACUCGUGAAGAGGGUAUAGAUGACAAUGAUGACCCCGAAUUAUCCGAAGAUAAAAGAGGGAAAAAGGAAGACUAUGAAAUGAUAAUCAACAACCCCGAAUAAAUUGUAAAAAG